CGGAGAGAAAACGGAGGGGAGGAAAAAAUAGGAGAGAGCGUAGCGACGACGUGAACACACUGGAGGGGAGGUGACCCUCCACUGAUGUGCCUGCCUGCCUGCCUGCCUGUUUUUCCUCACCCGUUCACGAUUGACCGCCUCUCUUGACCUGAACAAAAGGGAGAUUUUCCUUCAGGAAGCUGGUGCCCUGGUAAACCCUUCUGAUUGGAUGGAGAAGGCCCAGACUAUCAAUAUGGACACUCUCCGUCUCGAGAUCUGCAGCUGAGUCCACUGAACCCUGAACCGUGACCAGCACCAGUCCAUGACUGACCUCCUGUCAGCUGAUCCAUCUUGUGCCAUGAUGAUGUCAGUAGAUGUGACCAAUCGUAACGGCCCUGCUGCCACGCCACCCACCUCUCUCAGCCUUCGCUCCUCCCACAAUCAGCUACUCAGCGGUGAUGUCAUCAAACAGGGCGCCGGCACGCCUCCCAAGUGCCGUAAGAAGUACGCGCUCACCAGUAUCCAGUCUGCCAUGGGCCUUGGAGAGGGAGUGCCAUCUUCAUCAUCACCAUCAUCAUCGCCACAGUCAUCAAACCCCAGUAACCCCAAAGUAGCCAAAAACGGGGUCAACCAGCUUCGUAAGGCUGGUAAGGAUCACAACAAAAACACAACUGGUGACCUGACCGACCCAGAGCCCAACUCAGCGGCCAUAGCCGAUGACCUUAAUGUCAACACAACCGGUGAGCACGAUUCGCACACUCUCACCAAUAAUGACCGGGACAACGAUGUGUUCGAGCUGGACGAUGAUCCGCAGCCCGACCCGAACACCAACGCGGGCGUCGAGCAGAAAACAGAGUCGGGCGUGGACUGUAACAUCAACUCCGCUCUGGAGCUCAAACUGAACGGCAACACGACAGGGUCAGGGUUUGACGUGAACAUCGAGACCGAGGAGAGCGACGACAUCAGCAUCCUGUCCGAGAAGGAAAUGAUGUCGAAGAUGAAGAUCGAGGAAGAUGGAGAGGAGGUGGCCGAGGAGGAGGAAGAGGAGGAGAAGAGGCCUUUGCUGAUGAUAAAAAGCGAGAGUCCUGUGGAGAACCGCAAAGUUCCCCCAGGCCCGGAACUCAUCUCGGACCUCCACCCGAGCCUAAAGCUCCUCAAAUCGGGCAAAGACUCUCCAGUGCCUCCUCCCCCCUCCCCUCCCAGGCAGGCCAGCCCGGAGGACACUCCACUGCUCUCUGUGGCCUCCUGCUCCUCCUCUUCCUCCUCCUCUCCGGAGACCAAGAAGGACAGGAGGACAGGCGCAAAGACGGACUGUGCACUGAACCGAAUCCAGAAUCUGAACCCGAGUGACGAAGAGUCUAGCUGGACCACCCUGUCCCAGGAGAGCAACUCCCCGGAGGAGACAGAUAUCUGGAGUGAACAGUCAUUCCAGACGGACCCGGACCUGCCUCCAGGAUGGAAGAAGAUCACAGACAUGGCCGGUAUCUACUACUGGCACAUUCCUACAGGCACCACCCAGUGGGAGAGGCCUGCCACGCGCCCGGCUCCUGUCGGGCACACAGAGCCCCAGGCCCUGAGCGACCACACAGCCUCCACACCGCGCAAACACUCCCUGGGGUCCCUCACUCCUUCAACCACACCUGACCAUGAGUCAUGCCAGGCAGAGGUCUUCUUCGGGGCAUCAACCCGCUCGGGCAGCACAACCUCCGACAGCUCAGUGGAGCCUCUCUCCACGCAGGAGACCAGCCUCCCUACGUGCGGAUUUGUCAACAGCUGCUACUUUCCUCGAUCCACCUCUCUACAGGGCAUGCCUGACUCGGACUGUGGCUCUCAGCAGCAUGAAGAUGAAGACAAGAAACAGGUGUGGAGUGAUUUUGGCGGAAAGAUUGAUAGUGAGGUUUGGAAGGACCUCCAGGCAGCCACGGUGAACCCUGACCCGAGUCUGAAGGAGUUUGAGGGAGCCACGCUUCGCUACGCAUCACUGAAGCUACGGAACCCGCCACAAGUGGAAGAAGAGGAGUCCAGCAGUAUCAACAGCGACCCAGAAGCCAAGUGUUUUGCAGUGCGCUCGCUGGGCUGGGUAGAGAUGGCUGAGGAGGACUUGGCUCCAGGGAAGAGCAGCGUUGCCGUUAACAACUGCAUCCGACAGCUCUCCUACUGCAAGAACGACAUCCGAGACACUGUUGGCAUCUGGGGAGAGGGGAAGGACAUGUACCUGCUGCUGGAGAAUAAUAUGUUGAACCUGGUCGACCCCAUGGAUCGCAGUGUGCUUCACUCUCAGCCAAUCGCAAGUAUCCGGGUCUGGGGUGUUGGCCGCGACAAUGGCAGGGACUUUGCAUAUGUGGCGCGGGAUAAAAACACAAGGAUCCUGAAAUGUCAUGUGUUCCGCUGUGACACGCCAGCCAAAGCCAUCGCCACCAGCCUGCACGAGAUCUGCUCCCGGAUAAUGACAGAGCGAAAGAAUGCCAAAGCGAUGGCUGGAAGCUCUCUUCAGGACAGGAUGCAGGCAGGACUAGACCUCCCGUUACAAGCAGAGUUUCCCACACCAAAGACAGAGCUGGUACAGAAGUUCCAGGUGCUCUACCUCGGGAUGAUGCCUGUGGCCAGACCCAUAGGCAUGGACAUCCUGAACGGGGCUAUAGACAGUCUGAUCGGUUCUUCGAAUAGAGACGACUGGGCUCCAGUGGCUCUCAACGUAGCCGACGCCACUGUCACCAUUAGCAAAGACAAGGACGAAGAGGAAGUGCUGGUGGAGUGUCGUGUACGCUUCCUGUCUUUCAUGGGCGUGGGGCGCGAUGUGCACACUUUUGCCUUCAUCAUGGAUGCAGGCGGGCAGCACUUUGACUGUCACGUCUUCUGGUGUGAGCCCAACGCUGGGAAUGUGUCGGAGGCUGUGCAGGCAGCGUGCAUGUUGCGGUACCAGAAGUGCUUGGUGGCGCGACCCCCCUCCCAGAAGGCCUGCGGCUCUUCGCCCCCCGGGGACUCGGUGUCCCGUCGAGUGUCAACCAGCGUGAAAAGAGGCGUCCUCUCUCUCAUCGACACCCUCAAACAGAAGAGACCCGUCACUGAGUUGCCGCAGUAACCACAGUCAAGCAAUACCAAGUCCUCGCCACAGCCCCCAGUCCCCAUGGUAACCAGUCGCAUUGCUGCCAAAACCCGUCAGCGGGAGUACACCACUUCACCACCACAGACCCCAGUAACCAUGGAAACAGAAUAAAGCCCCAGGGGUUGGGGAACCGCAUCACAGCUCUUCUCUCCGGAGUAAAUUUGAAUUUCACUUGAAGAGUUUGAAAGUUAUCAGCUCUUGAGAAGUUAUUCACGUCUGUCUACCCAAAAAUAAGCGAGUGAGAUGAAUGAAACCAAACCAAUCCCACACCAAGAAGAAACCCUCAAACCAGUCGGCUACCGGUGGCGAACUGAAGACUAGUGUGGCAACAACCACAAGAAACUGUUUCACAGAAUCUGAAAAGUGAUGAUGUACAUAGAAGUAACUCUCAUCCCCCUCAGCGCAGAGAAGGAGCGAGGAAAGAGAGUUGGAAAAAAAAUUUAAAAAACUGAUCAACCAAGAAGUAGUAAGCGCUCCUUGGAGCACAGCAGGUGAUGAGCGGACGCAUUGCUGCCUGAACUCUUGAACUCUGACCUCUCCAUGCUCUCAGUGUCUUUGUGUCUGCACCUGUGCCGCCAGCAUGAGCUCACACACCCGGCCACAUCCCCUUCAAUUCAUCUCGGUGUCCUGUUAGUCUGUAGUGGCUUUUUUCUCUCUGUAUGUUUACCAUUAACCUCAGUAGACUGUAAUGUAAAGUGAAAUCGAAAUGUAGGAAUUAUGAAGUCACCGUGUUACUUUCGCUCAUAUUUUUUAUAUCUGUAAGCAACGAAUGAAAGAGGGAAGCCACUACAGACUGAUGAGAUUCAGUGCUGGCCUCACGUUCCCAGUCUACAACACAUCCCGAGUCAGUGGUUCCCCCUUGGGACCCCGAGCACUGGUGGCUUCGCACCUGGCAUCCCAGACCCAAAGGUGCAGUCACACAUGAGCGAAUGCAAGCAAAUGUUGCCAAGGUGAAUUUUCUAUCCUGGCAUGUCGAAUGUGGGACGUCCAGCAUGGGACGCAUAAAGAAAUCAGACUGGAUUGUAAUUCCUCUUGAUUGAUUGUUGUUUUUGACGUUCGAAGUUCACCAGACUUCAGCUCGCCAGUGUUGGUGAAUGUUUUAUUCACUUGUCGCGUGAAUCGGAGUUGAAUGUGUGUUUCGCUUGUGUGUGUCUGCAGCUUAAAUCAGUCUCGGCCAGAGUGAAAACCAGCAGUGCUCAGGGUGGAUGCCAUUGUCUGUAAGGUGUUCAGUCGGUCCUGCAUGAACUUUUUUAUAUAAACGUGAAACAUUCUAGACAAUAACAAUACACUGCUGCUGCUUUCUGAGACUGAAGGGGUGAUAAAUCAAAAAUCUGAUUUUUGUUCCUGUCUUUUUAUCAUUAUGAUUAUUAUUAGUUGUAAGUUUCUUGUUAGCUGCGCUUGACUUGCUCUCAUGUGCAAGAAUGAGCUAGUCUGGCCUGGACGGUCUGAACGAGUGGUGACCUUUCACCCGGAACAUCUUUCAUGUACUUCUGUUAACUUUUUGCUUCCCUUUUUUUUUUUUUUUUUUUUUGCUGUCCCUUGGAAAAUGACAGACAGACGAUAGCCAUAAUGGAGGAAGAGGGAGAGAGGGAUGAACAGAACUGUGUCCCUCCCUCCUCGACUCCCCUUCUCUUUCCCUAACCAGCGCUAGACUGCUACACCAAACACAGGAGAGAGAUUGGCAUGUUGCUGCUCUUCGUUACACAUGCUGGAGGAAACUUGACUGAUUGUUCCUUUAAAUCCCACCUCAGUAUAUCAGUCCUUGGAGACUUCAUGUCCGCUAAUAAAAGGGGAUCGACAAAAAAAUAUGAAUGGCUGGAUGAAAAACUGCAAAUAAGCCCGGAGGAAUGUGCUUUUACUUGGCAUGGUGACACUGCUUUUGUACACAGCUGAGCUCUGAAGUUUGGAGCUGUGUGGAUGCGAGAGGCGGAGAGACUGAUUCAUCUCCAGCCUCGGCUGUUCUCAAGAGGAAACCCAACAGUGACAUGUUGACUCAACAUAACAGGACUUUUUAGGGCUGCUAUCUAUCUGUCUCCAGGGUUCUGUUCACUUGAAUGCGCCUUCUGUGUUUUGUUUUGUUUUUUUUCUCCAUUGCCUACUUAUGUCUGUUUUCAUCAGUGCCACUAGAUCACUCGCUUUGGUCUGUGUUCAGUGUUUUUUUUUUCUCACACAAAUCUCAAUUGGACAGUGCUAGCUCCUUCCACCUAUUGAUCUGUCGAGCUUUGAUUGUUGCAGGCGAUAUGGUAAUAAUUUAUUCUAGCCAUCAAAGUCCUACUUCCAUCUAUCCUUCAUUAACAUUUCAGGUUUCUUCUGCUUGGAAGUAGGGCAAACGUGCAUCAGAAGUGCGCAGAGCACAUGAAUAUUGAACCUCUGCAGUCUUUUCGUCUAUAGCUGUGUCUUGCUCCGUGUGGCCAUAAAGUCGAUCAUUUUGAAGUUAACAGAUGCACAGGUGUUGUAGGAACUAGGGGUAUAAUUGAGAUUCUGAUGAGAUAAUGAAACCACAACGCCUUCUUUUGUCACAGGUCGUUGAAAUGUGAAUGAGAUGACAAGUUUGCGUGUAUAUAAUAUCCAUAUAAUGUAACAUUUGGCAUUAAUCAUGUUAUAAGCUAUCUUUUCAUUUUGAAUGUCUGUAGUUUUCUAUUUUCUUUUAAUGAAAUGCCUUUUUUUUUUUUUUUUUUUUUUUUUUUUUGAGAACUCACCAAAUGGCCAAAGUGUAAAAUAUUGAUAUACAUUGUUGUAGAUAAGAAAAAUGCGAGAGUAAAUAUCGAAAAACAAAGAGAGAGAAGUGAUCAGAAAUUUUCACAGUUAUCGAUUAAGUUGAUACAGAAGUUAACUGAGCAAUUAUCUAUGCAUUCUUUUGAUCUCAAGAAAUGGAAAGUCAUAACAAGCCUUGCAUGCCCUUGGAUGGUUGAAAGAACGACUGUAUGUACUGAACAGAAAUAUUUUUUAUUUUAUUUAUUCUAUUUUAUAAUGGUAUAUACUGAUUUUAUUAGGUCAGACAAGUAAGUUGACUCGCUCCCAUUGUCUCAGUCCCCUGGUUAACUCCGUGCUACCAACACGCUCCGCUUUGCAGAGAAAGGCAGGUAAAGGAAUAUAUUUUCACCUUGUACAGUGCACCGAGAGGCUGGGAGUCCACUGCUGGUCUGAAUGUGUGUGUGUGUUUGUGUGGAUGAGGAAAAGAAGAAAUGAGUUGGAGGAAGAGGUUGAUUGCUAAGCACUAGACUCCCAGCCUCUUUGUUAAGCUCACACACAUAAACAAAUUCAAACACACUCCAUUAUUCCCCACAGACUGACAUGUUGGCUUCCGUUUGCUGCUCACUGAUUUGUACACCAUAUCAAUGUAACCUAUUGUGAGAAUAAACAGCAUUAUAAAAGAUG